UGUAUUUUCGACAGCUAGCAAAGCUAGUUUGCUAAUGAUGAUUCAUUGGUUUAUUGAGAAAACCAGUAAAUGAAUUUGGAUGGAUUUGUAUUGGUUUAUGUUCGUUUGAAAGGCGCUCCAUCUAUUGCUCGUGUCGCCCAUGCAAACCAAAGGACCAGAGAGAUCGGCUGGCGAACCGUCCUUUAGCUAUCUCUGAAACCAGCUAACACGCUGAGAUAACGCUAGCUGGCUUGCUGACAGUUGCUUCGGUUAGCUGCGUGCCUUUAACAGUAACGUAGCAGAAAUUUAGUCGAUUAAACAAUGAAUCGUCUCUGACAUCGAGAGCACCGAGGCCCUGUUGGUUGUCACAUUGGAGUUAUCGAGCCUAUUAUUAGCGAGGUGGGUCUUGAUCGACUCAACGUUGGUGCCUUGGAAAAUAGGUGGGCUUAGCCAAAAGUCAGUUUGCCGAUGCACGCUGAUUUCGAUCCAUCAGAGCUGCCAAUAUGAUGCCGAUGAUAUUGACGGUGUACCUCAGUGAUGGGGAACAGGCUGUGACUGAGGUACCCAUAACGCCCGAGACGACGUGCCGCGAUGUCGUUGAGUUCUGCAAAGAGCCCGGUGAGAGCGGCUGCCAUCUGGCUGAGGUCUGGAGAGGCAAUGAGCGAGCGAUCCCCUUUGAGCACAUGAUGUACGAACAUCUGCAGAAGUGGGGGCCUCGGAAACAAGAAGUCAAGUUCUUCCUCCGGCAUGAAGAUUCGCCAACUGAGAGCAGCGACCAAGGGAGUCAGCAAUCUCAGGAUCAAACAAGUCACAGAAGUGGAAAUUCUGGAGAGAAGCACAAUGAGAACGGGGUGGGGAAUCAGCGUGUGGAGCUCACGCUGUCAGAGCUGCAGGAGAUGGCCACACGACAACAGCAGCAAAUCGAGGCUCAGCAGCAGAUGCUUGUGGCAAAGGAGCAACGAUUGCGUUACCUGAAGCAGCAGGAGCGACGUCAACAGCAAACUGUGUCGGAGAGCGAAAAGCUGCAGAGGCUGAAGGAACGUGUGGAGAACCAGGAGGCAAAGCUCAAGAAGAUUCGGGCAAUGAGAGGUCAAGUGGACUACAGCAAGGUCAUCAAUGGCAAUCUGUCAGCUGAAAUCGAGCAAGUGAGCAGCUUGUUCCAAGAAAAGCAGGCCGAGUUACAGGCAGCAGUUCUGAGGGUGGAGCAACUAAGCCUACAGUUGGAGGACCUGCGGAGAGGAAAGCUCAAUGGCAUACAGACCGGCCUGGGUGGACAAGUAACCGGUGCUGCAGCCCUAGAGCUCCGCAAACUGUACCAAGAACUUCAGAUUCGGAACAAAUUGAACCAGGAGCAAAACAGCAAGCUGCAGCAGCAAAAGGAGCUUCUGAACAAGCGCAACAUGGAAGUGACGCUCAUGGACAAGCGCAUCAGUGAGCUGCGGGAACGCCUCUACAAGAAAAAAGCUGAGGCACGUCAAAAAGAGAACCUUCCUCUAAAUAGAGCCAAUGGGCCUCCCUCUCCCCAGCCAGCUCCUGGUACUAUGGGUCGUGUUGCUGCUGUUGGGCCUUAUAUCCAAGUUCCUGUACCCAGUCGACAGGAUGGGGGCUACACCAUGCCGCCUGAUCCAUUGAAGCCUCAAACAUUAGGUGUUAAUAACCAAGCCAACCAAGGCCGCCCCAAAUCAGACGGUGUGCGAAAGCCUCCCGGCCCUUGGAAAGUGUCUGAUUUAGACAUCGUUGUGGACCCGGUACCCUUGUCCCUUCCAGAAACACACCCGGGCUCUGGAGCCUCCACUGGCUCUGACGGCACGUCCCCUAAUGAUACUGGUUGGCCGACUCUAGGCAAGACCAAUACAACUCUAAAACUUCCUGAGAGAAGAGACUCAGGGACUGAUACCCAGGGCAAGAGCCCUCCCUCAGGCUCCCCUGUCACUCCAAGUGCAGAAAAGGUGCUAGACUCAAAAACUGCUGGGAUUUCCCCUGCCAUAACCAAGCCACAGCCACCACCGUAUGGAUCCCACCUCACCUCCUCUAACACAGCCAGUUCCUUGGAACGCCGCAAAGAUGCACCUCCCCCUCCCCCUCGCCCACUCCCAAACCCACCAGCUCCCGCGUGGCCCCGCGCCCCCCCCUCCACAGGCUCGUCCUCCCAGCAGAUACAGCAGCGCAUCUCAGUGCCACCAAGUCCCACCUUUCAGCCCAAUGCACCGCUUUUCUCCCCUGGAAUGAGCGAGCGUUUGGAUCCUCCACCGGCUGUGGCAGUGCGUCCCUUUAUCCCAGACAGAGGAUCACGGCCUCAGUCGCCUCGUAAGGGCCCACCUACCGUGAACUCCAGCUCCAUUUAUCACAUGUACCUCCAGCAGACGGCACCAAAAAGCCAGCCACUCAAGCCUGCUGUCAAAGCAGUGUACGGGAAGCCUGUUCUAUCCUCCAGCUCGACACCUCCCUCACCUCUGCCUUUCAGUCAGGCAGGAGGGGCCUUCCCAUUGCUCCAAGGCCAGGCUGGCGCUGAGGAUACAGUAGAUGGAGAAUUUGAUGAUCACGAGAGCUUCCAGCAUCUGGAGCCAUCAGCACCUCCUCCCAGUGUGGAGAACAUCCCACGACCUCUCAGCCCUACAAAGCUAACACCUAUGGUACAUUCCCCACUGCGCUACCAAAGUGAUGCAGACCUCGAAGUGCUUCGUAAAAAGCUGGCCAACGCUCCAAGGCCACUCAAGAAGCGCAGUUCCAUCACAGAACCAGAGGGCCCCAGCGGACCCAACAUCCAGAAACUGCUGUACCAGAGAUUCAACACUCUAGCAGGAGGAAUAGAGGGGAAUGGUGUUGGUGGAUCAGCGGGGGGUAAUGGUGCAGGCAAUGGAACACCAUUUUAUCAACCAGCCAACCCUCCUGGAUAUUUGGGAGGUGAUUCUCUGGCUGAUACAGACAACGGCAACCUCCUCUCCGAGACACUGCUGCCACCAUCAGCAGGGGAAGAGAAACUGGGCUCUGAGGCUUCACUUGCCACACCUGAUGCCAAUGACAAUGAGCCAGCUCCUUCACCACCAGAAGGACCUGCAGAUCCUGCUCAGGUAGUGGGACCAGAGGAUGAUGACGACGACAACAACAACAAUGUGGGAGGCUCUGAGGUGUCAUUGCCCAGCCCUGUACCGGAAGUCACUACUCCAGAGGAGAGUGGUACGGCAGUUUCACAACAGCUGGUGAGAGAUAAAUACGAACAGAUUUUUUUGUUGCAUUCAAUAAAUAAAGGUCUAACUCAUGCUUCUUCGUUUCUAAAGGAGAAGCGCACAAACCUUAAAAAACCCAACUCGGACCGCACUGGUCAUGGCUUCAGGGUGAAGUUUAAUCCAUUGGCCCUGCUGCUCGAUGCUUCGUUGGAGGGAGAGUUUGAUCUGGUCCAAAGGAUCAUCUAUGAGGUGGCGAACCCCAGCACCCCUAAUGAUGAAGGCAUCACACCACUGCACAAUGCAGUGUGUGCAGGACAUCAUCACAUAGUCAAGUUCUUGCUGGAUUUUGGUGUGAACGUCAAUGCUGCAGACAGUGACGGAUGGACUCCUCUUCACUGUGCUGCCUCGUGCAACAGUGUUCAUCUCUGCAAGUUAUUAGUUGAGUCAGGAGCUGCCAUUUUUGCCAGCACCAUCAGUGAUGUGGAGACAGCAGCAGAUAAAUGUGAGGAGAUGGAAGAGGGCUAUAUCCAGUGUUCCCAGUUUCUAUAUGGUGUUCAGGAGAAGUUGGGUGUAAUGAACAAGGGGACAGUGUAUGCUCUCUGGGACCAUGAAGCCCAGAAUCCAGAUGAGCUGUGUUUUAAGGAGGGGGAUGCUAUCACCAUUCUGCGGCGACAGGACGACAGUGAAACAGAGUGGUGGUGGGCACGACUUGAGGACAAUGAGGGCUACGUGCCCCGCAACCUGCUGGGGCUUUAUCCAAGAAUCAAACCUCGUCAGCGCUCCCUGGCGUAGUGUCUCACUCCAGUGACCUGCAGCUAACAGCUGGACUAGUGACACAACCAAGAGCAGAGAACAACAAAAGGAGUCUGGAGCUCCAUCUUCUCCCUGUGGCCAUAACCUCCCCUGGCCUUUUGCUUUCACAAAAUCAUUCUCUCUGAAGCAGAGGGCACUAAACUCUGACACAUACUUACAUCUGCACACACAAACACAAGCACUCCAAAGUCUUUUAAAUAACUCCAUCCUUACUGCCACCCCCCCCCCUUCCCUCCCCCACUUUUCAACUUAUUGCUCUGUCACUGUUCUGACAGAUGAAAAAUAAAAUACAGUCCCUUGUCUCAAUAUUUCUUGCAGUGUUCACACUUCUUUAGCCAUCUCCAUCUCCCUACGGUAUCACCGGUUUACAUGAUACCGUAUGAUAACUGAAAGUUCAUCUUUAAGGGUGAAAAGUUGCUGAUUUUUGUCAGUGAAAUGUAAUUUGAGUUAUUGGAUGUUAAGUAAUUUUUAGAGCCAGUUUGAUCCCCUUGAGAAAUACACUAUUGCAGAAAAACUUACUGUAGCCUAACCACCAAAGAUUAAUAUAAAGUUAAGUUUUAAAUCUGUAACCCCCUAAGAGCUUGCAGAAAUCUUUUAAAGGGUGAGAUAAUCAAUUGAUUUGCUGCUAUCUGAAAUUAAUAACGACUCCCAGGAGUCCUUCUAGAUAUUCUUAUUGAGCAGUAAAUGAAAAUCUGAGUGGAAACUUAUGUAAAUUCUCAGUAUUACCCAUAUAGGCUAGUCAAAGGAAUUCCAGUUUAUUAAAGAAAGAAUGAUGAUAGAUGAACAGCUCACUCAUCGCCAUGAAUUGCAUUUUACAAAUAUCAUUGCAAGAUGUACUUUCUCUCUCUUUUGUUCUUUUUUAUUUAGUAUCUGUUCAGAUUCUGGAUGCAGGAAUAUUGUGGAUGUGUGGCAAGAAAAUUAAUAAAUUAUAAGCGAGCUUUUGGACAAUAA